GUAUGGGCUACCAUGUUACCUCGGAACACACUGUUGUAACGGAUUUUCUGACGUCAUUGACAUGCCCCCAAAUUUAGGCAAGUCCACACACACACACACGCGCACACACACACACUUAAAUACACACUGCGGCUGCAUCGAUUUCUCAGCCAUACGAGACAUAUCACACUCUCACAUAAUCCAUUGGACUUUUGCAGAUAUUUUCCAAGCAAGCGAGCACACAGACACACUAGGCCGUAGGCAUACAGGAACAGAAAUUCUCACGAUAUGAACCGACGUCACACAAGUUGGUACCCAGCACACAUCAACAACAUCCCAACAAUAAUCCCCGUAAAGGAAAAGAUACCACAUGGAAAUUGAAGUCGUGAAAGAAUUGCCUACAUACAUGUUCCAGUACCGGAUGCUUCAUUAAAACCGUGAAACAAUAUUUAAAGCUUGCCGACUGCGUGCUUUUCACUCGUGUAUGUCACAGACCUACACAUCAUUCUAGGACGUGGGUGGGUAUAGCGCAAACUCAAAGAGAGGGCGCGUAAACUGAACUCUCCAAGCUGACGCACACCCUCCCUCAGCAGGUCAGAGGAGCAUAAACAGAAAGGGCUAUCGAUGUGCUUGGAAUGAUCCUCCCUUAACAGAUGCAAAACUUUGAAAAGGGGAAUUGGUAAAGUGUCUCAUUGGUAGUUGCCAAUACUGCCGAUUGAGUAGGCUGACUAGAAAAUCGGUUAUCAACUAGCAUUUUACAUUAGUCGUACGUUUCCUUGCGGGUUGUUUAAGACAUUUCCAUUCUAGUUUGACUAAGUGACAAGUCUUUUUGGCUUUUGACGCAUGACGUAGCUAUAGGUAUUGUCACCCUGGGUCUGAUUUGACAGUUCACCCAGACGCGGCUCCUCCAGUGAUGGGACAGAUGUGGACGCUAACAAUGGCGAAGACACUCAACUUUCUCACGGGAAUAUUCAUAGUUUGGCUUUGUUUAUUAAGCCAGGUUGAGUCGAAGCCUGCUAAUGGGGUCUACUAUGUAAACGUCCUGGGCAUGCCCUCUCCAGAGGAGAGAGUGCCUGUCAACAUGUUGUCAACCAGACGCAGGUGGCGGAGGUUUGUGUCCAAUCCCAAGCCUGUGGUCCCCAACUGGACCAAUGACAAGAGAGGACACUACCGCGAUCAGGAUGGGGCGGAGCCAGACCCUGACUUACUGACUGAGGCAGGGCACGACAACAGCACCAAAAUAGAAGACAUGGACCACAGCUACUACACAUCAAAGAUCUACAGCCCUGCAGACGCGGCGGGCAGAGAACUGUGGGUGGACGUGGUGGACAUGGACCAGGGCAGAGGGAAGGUCCACGGGGUGCUGUCCAGCACACACAGACAGGCAGCGAGAGUGAAGCUGUCCUUCGAUUUUCCUUUCUAUGGACACAUACUACGAGAAAUCACAGUGGCAACUGGAGGUUUCAUCUAUACUGGAGAUGUCAUCCACAAGAUGCUGACCGCCACACAGUACAUCGCCCCCCUCAUGGCCAACUUUGACCCCAGCCUGUCAACCAACUCCACCGUCUUCUACUUUGACAACGGCACAGCGCUGGUGGUGCAGUGGGACCGGGUUCACCUCCAGGACAGUUUCAGCUUGGGGACCUUCACCUUCCAGACCACUCUCCACCAGGAUGGCAGAAUCAUCUUUGCCUACAGAGAGGUUCCCAUAGACAUCAGUGGGAUCAGUGCUGUGAAUCACCCGGUCAAGGUUGGCCUGUCAGAUGCCUUUGUGGUGCUCCAUGAGAUUGAGCAGCUCCCUAAUGUUCGCAGAAGAACCAUCUACGAGUAUCACAAAGUAGACAUCCUUAAGUCCAAGAUCUCCAACUCUACCGCAGUGGAGAUGCUGCCUCACCCCACCUGUCUACAGUUCUCAAGCUGUGGUUCGUGCGUUACAUCUCAGAUUGGUUUCAACUGCUCCUGGUGUCGCCGCCUACAGAGAUGCUCCAGUGGGUUUGACAGGAACCGUCAGGAGUGGGUAGACCAGGGCUGUCUAGAGGAGAGAAAGGACCAGAUCUGUGUCCAGGCGGUGAACAUAACACUCGGCGCAUCUCAAAGCCUCGCCAUGACAACCACUCCCAUUGCCACCACAACAGUGGAGCAACGGACCACAACCUCUGUCCCCGUGACAACGAUUGCCACCACUACCACCACUGCUAAAAUCACAACCACUUCGACCUUCUCCUCUCCUCCCCCCUUCACCAGCAGUCCUACAGGGGAUGAAACAAAGCUUUCCCUGCACACACCAGAGGAACUACCUACCGUGCAGAAUGAGGAGGAGGAGGCGAAAGAGGAGGCGAAAGAGGAGGCGAAAGAGGAGGAGGCGAAAGAGGAGGAGAAGAAAGAGGAGGAGAAGAAAGAGGAGAAAGAGGAGGAGGAGGAGAGCACGGAGGAGCAGAGUGAGGUCAGGUUACAAACUGGUCUCCUGGUGGGCAUCGUCUUGGUAAUGGUUGCCAUGGCAACAGCCGUCCUCAUGACCGUCUAUAUGUACAACCACCCCACCUCCACCAUCAGCCUGUUCUUCAUAGAGAGGAGGCCCACCCGCUGGCCGGUGAUGAAGUUCCGUCGGGGGUCUGGGAACCCUUCGUAUGCAGAGGUGGAGGCGGUGGGGCAGGAGGUGGAGGCCGUGGGGCAAGAGAAAGGCAGCGUGGUGGUCAUCGAGCCCAGACAGGCCUUCAUCAUAACAGACCGCCGAGAGAGCUACAACUUGACUGACCACAGGGAUGGCUUCAUUGUCCCCGACCAGAGGGAGUGUUUCCUGGUUACCGACCAGUGCUGACAGCAACAGGAACUACAGUUCCCAAGAGGCUCUGUGGUAACUAGAACUGGUGCACUACGAUACAAAAAUAACCGGAUGCAAACUAAGAGGAUUGACACAGAACAUUUAUACAGCAUAGCAUGAUGACUUUGGGAUUAAACAUUCAGAUGGGGAAAAUCUGAAUAUAACUGUGAUUUUUUUACUUUCAUCUAAAAUAUGCAACACGGACAAUUAACAUACCAUAUAAACUGUCAUCUUCGGCCCUUGUUGAAGCUUAACUGUCCCUCUAAACCACCCAGUUUAGACACUACCUCAUCCUCAGUUUGAUGGUCCUCGUUUGAAUCUAUCUUCCCCUAUCUGGGAUCCUGCUUCUGUCUUCGAAGCCUUCACAGGACAGUUUGUCAUGUAGAUCUCGGUAGCUGACUUGUGUGCAAAUCUGCUUUUAUAUGCUGGCAUUUAAUCACCAGAUGUGUGUAAUGAUGCACAGGGCUUUUAUUAUAUGUUAAUAACGCCAAAUGAAUCAAAAUUAACUUUACAUUUUUUACAUUUAAUUUAAUCUUAAAAUAAACUUCAAAUAAAAACUGCUCUUGGAUUUCACGGUGAUGAAGUACUGACUCUACGUCGACCCCAUAAUGUCCGGCAAACUAUAUUUACCCACAAUUCUUAAGCUCACGUCCAAGGAUGAAUGAGGCCUUCUUCUGUGUAAAAGAAUGUCAAACAAGGGUGCCAUUUCCUAUGUCUAACAACCCUCAGCAUGCUUUAAGAUCUUAAAUCUAUUUUACAUUCAAGGUUAAGGGUUUGACAUAGUCCUCAGUGAUUUUGUUUUACUCAUACUUAAGGAAGCAAUUUUAUACCAACACUUGUUUUUGAUGAUUCUUUGCAGCAAAGUGAUUGACAGAAGAUGUUCCAGAAUUAAAGUAUUUUAUUGUUAUCCAAUUACACAUAAACCAUAACAUGUAUUUUCA